AUGAAUAUUGUGAUUGCCAAGAAAUGCAUAAACAUAUUAAAAAGUGAAAGAUAUAAAAAUAUUGCAAAAGUGCGUGCAAAGAUCGAAGAAAAAGACAGAUACGCGGCUCUUGUAUUAAAAGAAGAAGGCUAUAGCAUUAGACAAAUAGCAGAAAUGCUCGGAAGUAAGGCCAAGGGUUAUGCUGAAAUACAUCCACGCAUUCUUAAAAAGUAUGCAACAUCUUUUGCAAUCCCAAUCACAAUAAUCUACAAGAAAUCUAUAUCCACGGGUGAUGUUCCAAAUUUGUGGAAAAAAUCUAAUAUAACAACAAUUUUUAAAAAAAGAAGUAAACUUCAACCAUCAAAUUACAGACCAAUAUCACUAACAUCCGUAGUCUGUAAAGUUAUUGAAAGUCUCAUACAUGAUUGUGUAAAGAAGUUUUGCACAAAACAUAAUCUUAUAUCCAAAGCUUUACAUGGUUUUGUUUCUAAGCGAGAGUGUGUCACAAAUCUUCUUGAAGCACAUGACAUACUUACACAAAGCAUGUUUCCUGCAGAUGUUAUUUAUACAAACUUUGCCAAAGCAUUUGACAAAGUUCCACACAGACGUCUGUUACACAAACUGCAAGCCUAUGGGAUUAGUGAAACCCUGCUUAAAUGGGUAAAGAAUUGGUUAACUAAUAGUUGUACACUGGAAGAAACAAUAGUGGAACAAGAGCUUGGGGUUAUUGUUUCCAAUGACUUAAAGGUCAAAACUCAAGUUGAAACAGCAGUCUCGAUUGCGAAUCAAAUGUUCAAUUGUCUCCGAAAAGCUUUUUGUAGCUGCAGACUAGUUUUAUGGAAAACACUGUACCUUGCAUACAUUUGUCCACAUCUAGAUUUUGCAGUACAGGUUUGGUCUCCUCACCUAAAAAAUAAAAUUGUGAUGAUGGAGAAAGUGCAAAGACAGGUUACAAAAAAAAUAUCUGAGAUAAAACAUUUACCAUACGAGGAAAGAUUACAAAAGCUGAAACUAACAUCGCUUGAGGAUCGCAGGAAUAGAGGUGACCUAACCAACAGUUUAAAUUUACUCAAUAGAUUGACGAACUGCUUUUUGCAGCUUAACUGGGUCAACAUAGGAGAGCCUGAUGAAGCUCUUCUUCCUUAG